AUGAAAAAUCCUGGCAUGGGCGUUGAAGUGUAUUUUGCCAAUGGCGUGAGGAAUAUACGUCCCUACUAUCAUAGGAGAGCAUCAUUUGCAAAAGGCAGGUGGUUCAAGAGAACAUUAACUGAUGUGUUAGUGAAUGAAUUUAAUGCUGUGACUGAAGAAGAGUACAUUGAUGGCAUAAGAAAAGGGCAGUAUAAAAUCAUAAGGGAUGGGCAGUCGCUUGAGCCGGAAGAGGCCCUUCAUUCGCCGAUUGAGAACAGUGAUAUUAUAGAAACUAGCUCACAUAAGCAUGAACCACCGGUACUAAAAUGGUGUGAUGAAGAGAUAGAUAUCGAGGGUAAGAAGGUUGCUGGUAUCGACAUUGUUUUUGAAAACGAAGAUUUGCUCGUUCUUGAUAAACCUAAUGGCAUUCCAAUUCAUCCAACAGGUCAAUUUUAUCAAAACACUCUAACGGAAAUUUUAAAGGCUCAUAAUAAGGAGGCUCGACCAUGCUAUCGACUUGACAAAAUCACAUCUGGUCUCCUCAUCAUGGCUAAGAAAAAGUCAGUCGCGAAUCAAAUUCAGAGCAAAAUAAGAUCGAGAGACAUGACAAAGUUAUACCUCGCGAGAGUGAAAGGAAAAUUUCCUAAAAUUGAUCAUCAAAUAAAUUCAUAUGAGUGCGCAUUACCUGUGCCGUUUGAGGAUGAUGCUCUGAUUACAACAGCCAUAUCUGACACAUAUACCAUUGAACUCAAAAGGUCUUUCCCGGCCUGCUUUUCAGCACCAAAGACAGCAUGUACAAAAUUUUAUCCACUUAAAUAUUUUCCGACCGUGGAUCAGAGUCUUGUAGUGUGCAGGCCAUUGACAGGAAGAACUCAUCAAAUAAGAAUCCACCUGGCUAGAGCAGGACAUCCCAUUGUCAAUGAUCCAUACUACAACUUAGAAAAUACGAAGUAUCCGCUUAGAUCCAAGUUUAUUUUGGAUGUUGAUAACUGGGAGAACUCUUCCUUAACAAGAGAAACCUUGCGAGAAAAGUUUGAUAUAUUUGACAAGGAAUGUAGAAGCACACGGUCCAAACUACGUGAAGUGAAAAGGAAUGAAGACUGCGGUGAAUGUGGGUCAGAGGAUCCAGAGAUACCCAGAAGGCACGAAUUGGAACUUUGGUUGCAUGCAUGGAAGUAUUCUGAUUCCGAAAAAACCAUUGACUUUGAAACAAAUCCACCAAGUUGGAUAAAUCAAUGCGAUAUUUGA